AUGAGUUUCAUUAGUAAGUCGCCACCAAACAUUACUACUGAGAACCUCGAGCCGCGAAAAAGAGGAAGAAUUGAAGAUUCUCUGAACCCAUGGGUCAGACUUGCGUUAUACUGCGUUAUGAUUAUAGUCGGAGGUGAGUUUGCGCAGCUUGUUACGCGAAUCUCAGGAACCAUCUACUGGGGAUGGAACGGAGUACAGUCGAUAUUGUACAAGGCGGGCGCGUUCGCAGACCUUUGUACCAACCAGCCAAACAUCUCAUACGUGACAAUCGGCAACAAUGACUACAUAGACUGCGGAAUGAGGAAGAGCGGAAUCAACAACCUGUUCACGCUCGCGUAUUCGGCACACCUGUCAUUCACGAUCUUCAACGGGUUCAUGCUCGACCACCUAGGGCCGAAAUACGCAUACAUGAUAUGCCAAUUCUGCAAUUUCAUAGCGUGGCUGUUCAUUGGAAUAUUCCCGAGGAACCCGGGGGUCCUCAAGUUUUUCUUCUUUCUCAUGGGCGCCACUGCCGAAGGGCUCGUGAUGCCACUAAUCACAGUUUCAUAUUUCUUUAAAAAACAUCGCUCACUGAUCAUUUGUAUCACCGGCUCCGCCAUAUCGGUUUCAUACAUUGUCCCGAUUAUACUGUCGGCAAUAUUCUCUCUGGACUUCUUCAGGCCCAACGGAGUUGCUGCUCCGACAGUCGGGUACGCGUUUCUCGGAAACCUCUUCUGUUUCGUCCUCGGGUACAUUUUUGUGCACAAGAAGCUGCCGACUGAAGAGAAGGAGGACGGCAACAUUGAGUUGUCAACGGUGGUUGAGAAGCAGAAGGCCGAGCACACUUUCUUGAGCAACCUCGCAUACCUGAAGAGCAACUUCAGGGGGUUGCUCAGGUCCUCGAAGUUAUACGAGUACCUCCUCGUUCUCUUGUGCUCCUCGAUAUACCUCCAGUCCCUAGAAUUCAUCAACAAGUCACACAGGGAAAUACUGGAGACCAGCGUCGGAAGGACCUCGGCCAACGUGUUCAAGUACAUUCAGUUUUUGACGUUCAUCCCGGUGCCGCUCUUCGGACUACUCAUUGACAAGGUUGGACCGGCAAUCGUCAACUCGAUUUUGUAUCUACUGGCUGUUUUGUUUUUCGUUUUUGUCAUCUCCGACGAGUUCUACAUGAAGUUGAUAGCUGUAUUUUUCUACUUCCUGACCUUCUCGUCGUGCAUAUCAGGUCUUUACUCUCAGGUUUCCAAGAGGUUCCCCUCUCACUGCUUCGGAACCCUCUCUGGAAUCGUUAUGCUCUCUUCGGGCAUCCUCAGCCUGGUGAACAUUCCACUUUACGACAUGGCCACAAAGCAGACUGGGUUGCCUCUUUCGCAGAGGUUCAUGGUCCCGCUUUCCAUUCUGAUCGUACGUCAACUAGACUAA